AUGGUUGUAUUCGUCUUCCUACCCUCCUUCCGACUGACUUAUUUGAUCCCCUAUCAUGAUCUUUUCAAGAGGUUUUGCUGGCGUCAUCACCCAGUUUUGAGGCCGUUUCCUAUGCACGAGAAAUAUCCUAUUGCAUCUCUUCUGUUCACCCUUCGCGACCCUGCCGAAACGCAGAUUCUGUGGGUUUACGAAGUCCUUCUGCCGGAGAUGAAAGCAGUGAACGCGCACUCACGUUUCUCAGAAGAAUGGCAAUGCAUAGAGAAUACAAUGAUCAAGGCGAACACCUCGGUGACCUUGAUGAAAGCGCUGCCGUUUGCUGAGGCCUGGGACGACUUGGGGAAGACGAUGGUUGAGAGAAAGAACGGGCGCAUUAGCGACUGGCCAGUAAUGAGAGAUCGAUACUCCACUGCUUUCUACCUCUUGAAGCAGGGACUCAUGGACGAAAGACUAUCGGAUCUCCUGUGGAACAUUUGGGCUAGAGACGCGGCCGAUUCUCGGGACAGGUUAUUUGCGAUGCUCAGUCUCGCCGGUAGAUCUCAGAGAUUAUCCAUGAAGAGAACAGUCUCGAGAUACUGUUGGCGGCACGAAGCCCGAAUAAAGAAGACGAAGCGAUCUCACUGCCGGGUUGGGGUGUCCGAGUGGCGUAGUGAACAUAGCCCGCUCAAGGAACGGCCGAAGCCCCUGGUUGACCGAUCCCGAAUUGAUUCUCUCUUCGUCAUCGGGUCUGUCGAAUCUCUCGUUGUCAACGGACAUGGCUUUACGGCCUGCUCAAGCGCAACCCCAGUCGCUUGGUUCAGCCAUGACCUGGACAGAUUAAAUGUUCGAGCUGUGUUCAUCGAUGAAGUGAGAACAGUUGCUUCUCUACGUGGGUUAAGAUCAGAUAUCGGCGUCAAGAACACCAUAAAUGAUGCGUAUCUCGUUAGUCAGUCCGCAUUCUUUGAUGGGAUGCCUCAUUGGUGGAGCAAGGAUGAGAAGGAUGGAUUGCCUAGCCUGGUCAAGGGAGUCCUGAUGGCCGGUUCGCAUGCUAAGAGACCGCAUUUUCGUUGUUGGGUGCCACGGGAACACGAGCGGGCAACAAAGGAUGGGUCGACGCUCUAUGAGCUGGCAGGAGAGGCUCACGAUGAAGUUCACGGCAUCAUGCAAGGCGAAGCCAUUGCAACCAGGAAGGCCAAGAUCGGGUGGGACAGUUGA